AUGAGUUGCAUCUUUUGUAAAAUUAUUCGCGGAGAUAUUCCUUGUGUGAAGCUUGCAGAGACCGCAAAGACUCUCUCUUUUCUUGACAUUUCCCCUACCGCUAAAGGCCAUGCUCUAGUAAUCCCGAAAGAGCACUCUGAAAAAUUAACAGGCUUGAGUGACGAGAGCUUGGCUGAUAUUCUUCCUGUUUCCAAGAAGGUAGCCAAGGCCAUUGGUGCUGAGAACUACAACUUUCUGCAGAACAACGGUCGUAUAGCUCAUCAGUUUGUGGACCACGUUCAUUUCCACAUCAUUCCCAAGCCCAAUGAGGAAUACGGUUUGGGUGUCGGUUGGCCUACUUAUCCUACUUCCAAGGAAGAUUUGGCAGAACUUGGUAAUGAAAUUCGCUCCCGUUUGCAGUAA